UUCGGUUGACAAAUCCUAAAGACAAAUAAAUAAGUUAUAGUUAUGGAACUCUUGUUUUUUGCUGUUCAUAUCUCUUUGACAUCAACGGCAAGUACACAACAGCAACGAAGAUCCGAAUAGGUCCUUAGCUGAUCUUUAGAUUUCCAUUCCAGGAACGCUCAACAUGACUCUCAUCAAAGGUCAUCUUCUAUUGCUCAUCUUGGCUUGUUCUUCUUUUGCUAAGACUCCUGAAGAAUUGUUAGACAGUUUGCGUGCCAAGCAAAUUCAAGCCAUGGUAAAGGAACAGCGAAAAUCUAUUGAACUUCAAGUACCAGAAGAACUUGCAAAAGCUGCUUGCUUGGAGGCAAAAAAACGGAUUUUAUCAGCUGAAAGCGACAUAUUUGAGAUCAACGCUACACCAUAUUCGCCAUUUAGUGCAGAAAAAAGCACCAAGAACCUUGGUUUUCUGGGAAGGGGAUACGACGUGCUUUUUGGUAACCCUUUGGAUGAAUCUGGCCGAGUGGAUCCUGGCUUCCGAUUACAAGCAGUAGAACUAGGAUACCUUCAAAAUAGGUUUUCUGCGGAUGGAGAGUACCGUAUCCCGGAUAACGCUGACGUCAUCAUGGAGCCCAGUGCAUUGUUUUCAUCUUCGUUUAAUGACGUGCGAACGGAGAGUGAUUACAAGCAGACACUAAAGGAAGACGUGAAGACAACCGCUGGUUUUGGAUUCGAUGCUGGUUUCGUUAGUGUAUCAGGUGAAUUUUCUCAGAGCAAAAGUUACCAGAGUACCAAAGAAAGCAUCAAAAAAGGCGGGAAAGUCAACAUCGAUAUCAUUGGUCGAGCCACAGCAUAUAAGGCGUGGUUGCAUACAGUAGGCACUGAAAUGCAUGCUACAAAAAAUUUACAGAAAGCCAUCCAAGAUCUUCCUACUGAAUGUUCUAAAAGCAAUUUAUCUUAUUAUUAUCGUUUGAUACAAAAUUUUGGGACCCAUUUCACGACCGUUGUUACUAUGGGAGCCAAGGCUGUCCAACGUCUGACAAUGACCACUGAAGAGAGUAUGGAUUUGAAGCGUAAAGGAAUUAGUACCAACCAAGUUGUCAGUGCAAGUGUUGGUUUCAUGGCGAAAGGAGUCAGCGCUUCGGCCAAAUUUGGCAAAGAAGAAAGUUCAAGUUCCGACACUACACUAUCAGACACUCUGAAGAAUAUGAACAUACAGAAACGAGAAUUUUACAUCGGCGGAGAACCUCCUUCUGAGUCCUAUUCUAUUGAUAACCAAGCAAGUACUGCGUCUCUUCGUCAAUGGGGAAGAAGUGCCUUUGAACGCCCUGUUCCAAUCCAGUAUGAAUUACAACAAAUUAUAAGCUUGUUUGCUAAGAAAUACUUGCCAGACGUCGAAGAAAAGGGAAUUCCUGAAAAGAGAAAGUGCAUGGAGGAUGCACUUAGCACUUAUUGCACGAACGUUGCGAUUGAUAAAGAAGAAUGCAUUGCGUAUAAAGACGGCGAUGGAGUCAAGGAUGUUAUACGCUAUGGAGACUUCAUUUCAAUUAAAAAAUUGACAAGCAAGUCAUCGAACAAGUAUCUAACGGUUGAUAAGGACUUUCCUAAAUUCAUUCAAAAUACCAAAGCGCAGGAUUUCAAGAUUGUACCAGUUGAUGUUGAUUCAUUCUGGAAAUAUGGAAAAGCUCUUCAUUACCAAGAGCCUUUUAACUUGGUUAGUGAAUAUGGAGGACAGCAGGGCAUCGUCGAGUGUUUUUCAUCCGCCGAAAAUAGUAAAAAUUAUAACCUUUUUAACUAUGGGAAGCAAAGGGUAACAUGUACGCGAGAGGACAAUCCAGUUGGCGUAUGGGAAGAAAAGAAAGGCUACUGGUGUAAAAAAAAGGGAAUUGAGUCACUCACUUUCGAUGACCUAACAGUGGAGGAGUGCAAGAGGAAAUGCCUUGAGCUAACAAAUGGAGAGUGUAAAGCAGUUCAAUAUUUUGGAGACAGCCGAAGUAGUACCUGUGCCCAUUGUGAUAACUUAGACGACAUAGAAAAACACGGAAAACUUGUGAAUAUUCCUACUCCAGGCUAUGUUUACCAGCGAGAUGCUGCAAAGAAACUAGCCGAAAGACAUGCCUUUACUUCAACACUGUAUCUCACUCCACCUAACACCAAAAAGAAAGCAGGAUCCCUUGUAAUGAAAAAUGACCAAGUUUAUAUUG